UUGCACAGCAAAAAGCAAUGUGCAAAAGGGAAAGAAGAAGCAGAGAAUCAUUAAAUGGAGAACAAGGAAAGUUUGAAGCUUGCAGUUAAGCUCGCUAUAGCUACUUGCAUCACAGUAGCCAUUUCCAUCUUCAUAGCAAAGAGCUUCCAGAAAGUUCGAAAACAGAACAGGAAAAAGCAACAAAAGAAACAUUCCUGUUAUUUAAAUGCAGAAUCCAAACCUCAAUCUUCCUUCAAACGAGUUUUUGCUGAUAACUCAUAUUCUCAAUUCAAACACAUCAAGCUUGUCAACAGAAAUGAGGAUUGUACAAAUUUUCAUCCGUAUAAGACGGAGAUUACGGAGUUGUUGAAGAGUUCAAAUGCUGAUUUUUUGGAGCAUUUUGGAGGAAAUUUUGAAGAUUUGACUAUGCGCGAAUCGUAUGUAUGGGUAGAGAGUGAGUCACAAUUGCGGGAGCUUGCGGAGGUUUUGAGUAAAGAGAGAGUAUUUGCUGUUGAUACAGAACAGCAUAGCUUGAGAUCAUUUCUAGGCUUCACAGCUCUAAUUCAGAUAUCAACUGGAAAGGAAGAUUAUCUUGUGGAUACAAUAGCUUUGCAUGAUGUAAUGGGAAUUCUUCGGCCCGUAUUUGCCAAUCCAGGAAUUUGCAAGGUAUUCCAUGGUGCUGAUAAUGAUGUUCUUUGGCUUCAAAGGGAUUUCCACAUAUAUGUUGUCAAUUUAUUUGACACUGCAAAGGCUUGUGAUGUGUUGUCUAAACCACAAAGGUCUUUGGCAUAUUUGCUGGAUGUGUACUGUGGCAUUGUCGCAAAUAAACUAUUUCAGAGAGAAGACUGGAGGCAACGUCCACUACCAGCUGAAAUGGUGCAAUAUGCUCGAACUGAUGCACACUAUUUGUUGUACAUUGCACAUCAUCUUUCUUCCGAGCUCAAAGAACAAGAUACUGAAAAUUCAUCACAUCUCAAAGACGACAAGUUUAGCUCUGUGCUUGAGGCCAACCGGCGUUCCAAUGCAAUCUGCUUACAACUUUUCUCAAAAGAGACUGAUACUUACCCAGGAGAGUCUGUUGCAUCAUCUAUAAUCUCUCGUUAUCAGAGUGAUCAAGGAAGUUCUAUGUCAAGUUCUGAUGAGAUGAAGUUCCAUGACCUCGUGAGGCGAUUGUGCGCUUGGAGAGAUAUAAUGGCUCGCGUACAUGAUGAAAGCUUGAGAUAUGUUUUAUCUGAGCAUGCCAUUGUUGCGCUUGCAGCUAAAGUUCCUAUAUCAGAAAUGGGCAUAUGCAACGCUAUAUCUGAAGCCGAUCAGAAUCCAGACUCGCCGAGUAUUAGUAGUUUAUUUCAAUCUCCUUCACCUGUAGUUUGCAGUCACUUGGACGACCUCAAGUACUUGUUUUUAGAUGAAACAGGAAAGGAUGACGGCGAUUAUAAGUUAAUUCUUCAAAAAUGCCUGGGAUCUGAUGGGAGUUGCCCUCUUUCUGUAUACAACUAUGCUCUACUAUCCAAAACUAGCUUGAAGAUGCCAGUUAAAUCAGCUUUCAAACAAAAUGGACUGAAAAAUUCCAAGCAAUUUGCUAAGAAGGCUUCUCGGCAGUUGUUUGUCCAAAAAUUUUCGUGCAAAGCCCCUGUUUACCAUAAUUGUAGGAUUUACGCAAAUGAUGGACGAUUAUUAUGUUAUUGUGAUCGUAGAAAACUUGAAUGGUAUGUCAACCGAAAUUUGGCAAAACUUAUUGAAGAGGACCCUCCUGCUAUAAUGCUUCUUUUUGAGCCUAAAGGUCGCCCUGAAGAUGAGGGUAAUGACUUUUACAUUCAAAGUAAGAGAAAUAUUUGUGUUGGCUGUGGUGAAGGAAAUCACUAUUUACGUUAUAGAAUCAUACCUUCAUGUUAUAGAAUGCACUUCCCUGAGCAUUUAAAGAGCCAUCGGUCUCAUGACAUCGUCCUUCUUUGUGUGGACUGCCAUGAAAUUGCUCAUGCUGCUGCUGAGAAGUAUAAGAGGAAGAUAGCUACAGAAUUUGGAAUACCACUUUUUGUUCGUCGAGUAGUUGAUUCUAAUCAAAAUCAGAAUACAUCAGAGUCGUCUGUGCCAAAGUUAAAUGCAGAGGAGGAAGGAGUAUCUCCUUUGCAGUUGCGUACAGCAGCCAUGGCGUUGCUACGUCAUGGAUCAAGAAUGCCAGCUAAUCGCCGAGAAGAGUUAAUAAUGAUUAUCAGGAAUUAUUAUGGUGGACGGGAAAUUUCUGGCAAAGAUCUGGAAAGAGCUUUGUUAAUUGGUAUGAGUCCUAAUGAGAGAAGGCGAUUUGAGAAAAAGAGAAAGCUAGCUUGCAAAGAUUCUAGUAGAAGUACCACACCAGAUGAUAAGCUAGAUAAUAAGCAAGCAAAUGGAACAUCUCUGCCUGAGGAAAUCUCAGAAAACUCAAGCAACGGUGAAGAAACUAUGAACAUUUUGACAGUAGAGGAAAAUAAUGUUAGUAAUCACUCUUCAUAUCCGAAUUUUGGGGUCAAUGGUGAGUUCUCUGUUCAGAACAAUGAUGUCCCACACGGAAGAGAAUCCCUAGUGAAACAUGAUGAUAUUCUUCCGGAUUCCGAUGUUGAUGAAAGCUGCAAUGUAUCUAAUGGAGCAGUUAAUUCCGUUGAUAAUAUGAAUGCUAGUGUAUCAUCCAAACGAGACUCAAAGCUCUCACUAUUAGGGCAUGGACCACAUGGGAAGCAAGUUGUUAAUCAUCUACUCAAGGAACAUGGGGAGGAGGGAAUUAGUCAAUUUUGUCAGAGAUGGAGACAAGUUUUUGUUGAAGCUGUUCAUCCACGCUUCUUACCUGCUGGCUGGGAUGUAAUGCACAGGCACUGAUGUGGCACAUAUUUUUGCCAGUGGUAGAAGAGACUUUGGGGAGUUCAGCGUUUACAAUCCUGGGAAAAGAACUCCAACAUCUACUCCUGAGCAGUAGUGAUUAAGAUAUAAUGCAAGCAAACAGGCACUGCAACUUUCUCUGGCGAUUUCUCCAUUUCUUCUUUUGGUGGUGAAGGAGAGGGGUUAUCAUAUCAUGCUGUCUUAUUGGAAUUUAGAGCUUGAAGCUCAUAAUAGAUUUAUACUACAUAGCCUUCUUUUCGUCGUUACCGAUACUAAUAAAAGUUCAUUCGGUGUUUUAGUAA